UUGGGUUCGUUGUAACAAUGUAAAUAUGUAGUCUUAGCGAGGAAGGAAUCGAAUCGAAGGAAACCGAGAAGAAAAAACCUUGAUAUCGACCCGGACCAUUAAUGUCUUGCAACUCUUCCAUCACUGCUUGCAACUAACAACUACAACAAACAAAAGAACACCCGUUAUCCACUUUUCUCCCUCUGCGUUGGAAUUUUGUUUACCCUGUCUUUCUUUAUCCCACUUUCUGGUAUUUUUGUGUGGGUUUGAACUUUGGGUUUUGUUUUGCGUAUUCGAGAAGGAUGAUGAUGCAUUGUCUUCAGCCCGGAAAGCUCCAAUCCAAGAAGAUUAUUUUUGAGGAUGUGUUUUCUGCGCGUGAUUCUGCAACACUUGAACAUCUGAAGGAGUUGAGCUCUAGGCGUAGAGUGAUCGAGGAGUCCAUUAAUCAGAGCAGCUUCAUUACUGAAGCUAUUGCAAGAGAAAUGUCUGGAGGAUUGACUUCUCAUUGUCUAAGGGACCUUCAGAAACUGGAGCAAUACCUGCCACUGUUGGAGAACUUGGUUUUUCAUGUUGAUUUGGUGUGCAGCAACCACCAUGUUGCUUGUUGGAUUUCAGAACUUAAGAUCCGUUGGAGUAGCGCUCUUAACUCAUCAUCUUUCUUUAACCUUAGGGGUCCAAAGUUUUUUCAAAUUGAUAAUUUGCGUUAUGAGCUUGGUAUGACCCUUUAUCUUUAUGCCGCAUUGCUUCGGGAGAGGGCUAUAGAAAUUCUUCCAACUGAUUUGGUGAAAUCCGCCACACUUUUCAGGGAAGCAGCUGGUGUUUUUGAGCAUCUUGCUAUUGAGAUUUUUCCUUCUUUACAAUCUGCACAGUCGGUAGAAAGGCCACCGGAAGCAACUCCAUCCAUUUGCACUGUUAUGCAUCUGAUUUGCUUGGCUGAAGCCCAGGCUGUAACCAUAAGGAAGGCUGAAGAAAAAGGAACAACUGUUGGUCUUUUGGCAAAGCUGCACUAUGGUAUUAUAGAGUUACUUGGUGAAGCCACUGCUAUUCUGUAUUCAAAUACUGGGGAGUGCAAAGAUAUUUCGUCGAGUUUUUUGGAAUUUAUAUCAUCUUGCAAAGCUCUACAUGAGUUAAGAAGUCUGAAAUACCUUGCAGAAAGUUUAAAGAUAACUGAACAACUCGGAGUUGCCAUUGGAGUUCUCCGCGAUGCACUAACCAACGCAAAGAAGAAAGUUCCAGGAGAAGAAUCCUGGAGAGCCAUCUUUGGGAAAGAAAUUGAUGCUGCUGCUGACAUGCUACGGAAAUUCGAGCACGAAAAUGAAUUUGUUUGGCACGAGAAGAUCCCCGCCGGAGACGAGUUGCCGCGGCUACAAGGUAACAAGAUUGUCAAUGCGAUACCGUAUAAUCCCAAAAGGUGGGAGAGAGAACUUAGUUUGAAGAUAUAAAUGUGCAUAACAUUUUGUGUAGUAAAAACUUUCUUGGUUUUGAGAGAGGAAAUGCUCACAAGCGUCUUUCCUAGCCUUGUUAAUGUGCAGGGGAUAUAUUGUUUGUGAAUUUACCACCAUGUUUUCAAAAUAGUCCACAUAAACAAUGGGAUUUACGGUCUGUUGAAUGCCAAGGGUUAAGA